AUGUUGAUGAUGAGCUACAUCAUAAAUGGAGUUUUGUUAAAGCUCAUCCACAAAUUAUAUGUAGCUCUUUUUACUUGUAUCUUUGCUUUAGGCGGAGCUGCAGUGGGGGCGAUUACCGGUGCAAUAGAAGGGCAUAGGACGGAAACCGGCCUCUCGCGUGGCUUCAUUAUCGGAGCUUUGGUGGGGGCCGUCACCGGCGUCCAAUUGAUGGACCUUGUCCUAAAUGGAGACCCUUUACCUAAGAUGGCAUUAAUACGAAGUGUGAUCAAUGGAAAUGUAUUUAGGGAAUGGGUCUGCCCUGAACUCCUAAAAGCCUACCACUGGCAGAUGAGCGCUGUGGAGACAAGCACAAGCAUUGAUGAAUUUUCAGACAUCUUUGAUGUUGAUACAUCAAGUGGACUAUCACAAGAUUGUAUCAAACAAAUACUACCAAUUUUCAACUUCAAUGAUACCACUUGUUAUUCAGAUAAUAGGUGCACAGUUUGCUUACAGAAAAUAAAGAAUGGACAAGUGGGGAGGUGGCUUCCAAAGUGUAAGCAUACAUUCCACGUUGAGUGCAUAGAUGGAUGGCUAAUGAGGCAACCCAGAUGCCCAAUAUGCAGGACCCAUGUUUCCUAA